UGUAGGAAGAAGAAGCCGAUUCUGGAAGCCAUUACGUUGCGCAGCUCAGUCGAGAAAAACUUACUAUUUUUACGUAUAUUACGCACUUUUAUUCUUUAAAAAAAGUAAUAUUUCAUAUAGUCAUGGCAUCACAAGCUAAAAAAAGGAAAAUGAAUUUCUCAGAAAGGGAGGUGGAAAUCAUUGUGGAGGAGAUGGAAAAACAGAAACACAUUUUAGUUAACCACUUCAACGCUGGCGUUACUCACAUCGCCAAAAACAAUGCAUGGAUUGAGAUACUAAAACGUGUAAAUGCAGUGACUACUUGUCAAAGGGAACUGGCUGAGGUAAAGAAGAAAUGGUCAGAUUUAAAGACCGAAGUGCGGCGGAAAGUGGCCCAGGCCCGCGCUGCAAUGGAAGGCACUGGCGACUGCACCUCGGUGCCGGUCAUUCUUACUUCCAUGCAGCAGCGGAUCUGUAACCUCUUGGGAGAAGCCACGAUCAUCAGCCUUCCCGCUGGCGACGCGAGCGCAGAGAUCAGCGUUCCUGUGCCGAUGAGCUCAGCGGCUACGGUCACACUCACGCAAACAGACAUCCAGACUGCCUCUGCGGCCUGUGAAGUUAAAACCUUAGAAGGUGAGACCACGUACCACACGCUGGAGGAGGGCAUGGUGGAGUACUGCACCACGGAGACGCCGGUCACCGUGACGACGGAGGCCCCGGUGGAGGUGCUGGCGGCGGCGGUGGCGUCUGCGUCGGCGGCGUCCGAGUGCCCGGCGAAGCCGCAGGAGCUCAAGUCGCGCAUCGCGCUCAACUCGGCCAAGCUGCUGCAGGAGCAGCGCGUCACCAACCUGCACGUGCGCGAGAUCGCCCAGCACCUGGAGAGCCAGAACGACCUGCUGCAGAUGAUCCGGCGCUCGCAGGAGGCGCAGGCGUGCGCGCAGGAGCGGCAGGCGCAGGCACUCGAGGGGACACAGGCCGCGCUGCUCGCCCUCGUCCAGAUGUUCCGGCCCGCGCUCAAGGACCUGCGCAAGCUCCUGCAGAGCACCAACAGCCCAGCGGGGGGCGCUGUGGUGCCGGGGAGCGAGGGAGCCGAGAACAGGGCCCCCACCACCUCCACCACCACCACCACCACCACCACCACUGAACAAGCUGAGGACGCGCAGUAGACUCAGGAGUGUGUGUGUGUGUGUGUUUAGAUUUGUUUACUGAGUUGUGUGUGUGUGCGUGUGUGAUUAGAUUUGUUUGCUAACCUGUGUGUGUGUAUGUGUAUGUGUUUGAUUUUAGAUUGGUCUGGGUGUGUUUCUGUUUUGUUCAUGUCUGUGGGUGAAAGUAGAUGUGUAUGGCGCUGUAAAGUGUGUGUGUGUGUGUGUGUGUGUGUGUGUGUGUGUGUGUUUGUGUGAUAAAGAAUGUGUAUGGAUCUGUAAAGUGUGUGUGUGUGUGUGAGAGAGAGAGAGAGAGAGAGAGUGAGAGAGAGAGAGACGUGUAUGGCUCGGUAAACCGUGUGUAUGUCAUUCUGUCUUGGUUGGAGGAAACUGGAGUGCUUCUGUGAAGUGUUUCUCAAUGUGUGUGUGUUUGUGUAAAUGUAUGUGUGCGUUUUCAAAAGAAAGUGAUGUUGUGUGGAAGCGCAUUUGUGUACAGGAAUAUUAAAGUGUGUGUGUGUGUGUGUGUGACCUGCUCUGGGCUGGUGGCUGUAGGUAUAGAGCGGUUGUUCAUGCAUUGGGACUGAGAUGGUCAUGGAGUUUUAUUGUGCAAAACUCUUGGAGUGUGUUUGGGACUUUAUGAAUUUUACAGCCCAUGUUGAUGGUGCAUCAAUAUUUUGUUUCAUUUUAUUUUUCAUGACAUUGUCUUCCUCCAAUGUUAAAUAACUUAUUUUUUUAAUCUUCUGAACAUAAUUUAUCAAACAGCAGAGUGGCUACGAAUAUUUAAAUGCGAAAGGUUCACUCAGUUUGAACACGUUUGUAAGAAGUUCAUUUAAAAAGCAAGCAUUGAGUUUCAGUCAAAAGAAAAUGCUUGCUUUGGCCUUAUUUGUGUUUCAAGAUGCAUGGAUUUUGUCAGACAGAAAGCAAAUCCAAGAAGAUGUGGAUGUUCAGAGCUACGUACAAUAUCUUUCAUUGCAAACUCAUUAAAUUCGCUGACUACCUUA